AUGUCUGAUCUGGACAAGCUGCAACCUCCAGAGAAUCUCCCUGACCUUGUACGAAGCACCGCAGGAGGACUGGAGGUCAAAUCGAUAGCCAGCUCGCUGCCACAUAGUCCGCAGAUAAGCAAGUCGCUGGUGGCGAGUAGUACUGCUAUCAGUAUCAGGGGUUAGUUUGUAAAUAGGUCAUUAUAAUAUCAGGUAGCCAAAUAAGUUAGUGCGUUUUUUAGUAGAAAGAUAUAAUUUUUUAUUGACAAACAAUAAGACACUAUUUAUUCGUCGAAGUAAAUACCAUCACAUUCAAUGACCUUUUGCCAACGUAGAACCAAUUUUUGUAUGCCGGUAUUGUAGAACUCAUCGGAUUUGGAGUAAACAAAUUGGCGUACUGCAUUUAUUACACCAUCUCGAGUUGUGAACUGUCGCUGCCUCAUACAGUUGUCAAGAGACAAAAAAGGUCAUAAUUACUGGGCGAAAUGUCGAAGGAAUAUAGCGGGUGUGGUAACGAUUCCCAACCGAGUUCAGAAAUUUUUUUCCGGGUCACUUUUGCAGUAUGAGGCUUGGCGUUAUCCUGCAAGAAUAUCACUUUCUUCCGAUUGAUCAAAAAGGCUGUUUCUGGAUUAGUGCUGCUUGUACUCGUUGAAGCUGCUCACAAUACAAGUUAGCAGUGAUGGUCUGACCCUUUCCAAAAACUAAUACUGGACAAUUCCAGUUGCUGUCCACCAAACCCACAACAAAACAUUGUUUGGGUGCAAGGAAGCCUUGGGUGUGUGUGGUACCGAAUCAGUAGGCGACAACCAAUGAUACGAACGCUUAAAAUUCGAACACCAGAUCCAUUUUUCGUCGCAGGUUAAUAACCGAUUAAGAAAUGGUUCAGAAGCGUUGCGUGAAAUGUUUACUGGAUAAAUGGUAAGACGACUUAAUUUCUGAUGAAGAUGCAAACGAAUAGUUUCAGGACUCACUUUGAACAUUUCUGCAAGUUCUUGGCACGUUGUCCUGAAGCUUGCGUCCACAACCUGUCGAAGAUCCUUGUUGUUCAUGAUUUUGGGUCUCCCUGAGCGCG